CCAUCCCAGUUCCACAUCACCCAUAUCAACACCAACAAAACUUUGACGAUCAACAAUCAACUUCACAAAAUAAUUCGCACACAACUCUAGAGUACACAAUUCGACUUCACCGCUACACGAAUUCUUGGAAUAGUAAAGAAGACAUCACCUACCAUAAUGGCCACAGAACCCCCCCUCCCAACCCGCGACCCAAAAACCGUCCUCGCCUCCCUCCUCUCCCUCACAGAAACCCGCAUCGUGCCCCUAACAGCCCGCGGCGUCUCCUCCGGCUCAAAACUCUUCGGCGCCGCCAUCUUAUCCUCUUCCUCCGACGCCCUCACCCCCUACACAGUCUCCACAAACGACGAACGCACCUCCCCCCUCCUCCACGGCGAAAUAAAUUGCAUCCAAACCUUCUUCACGCGCGACUUCCCCGACCCGUCCACCCGCCCCUCCCCGCGCACCGACUGCGUCUUCUUCGCCACCCACGAGCCCUGCUCCCUCUGCCUCUCGGGCAUCGCCUGGUCCGGGUUUCGGGAGGUGUAUUACCUCUUCACGUACGAGGACAGCCGCGAUCUGUUUGCGAUCCCGCACGAUAUCAACAUCUUACAGCAGGUCUUUCGCGUGCCGGCCGAGGGGGAGGACGAGAGUGCGUUGGGGAGGAGGGAGUUGUAUAACCGGACUAACCAGUUCUUCACGGCGCGGAGUUUGGGGGACUUGGUGGAGGAGAUUCAGGAUGAGGGGGAGAGGGCUCAUUGGAGGGGUGAGAUGGAGCGCGUUAAGGGGCUGUAUAACGCGUUGAGUGAGACGUAUCAGGAGGGGAAGAAGGCUGGGGCGGAGAGUUCGAGUGUGUGGAAGUAGAGUGAGGAAGCGGCAGGUUUGAGGAGAUUCGUCAGUGGCGGCGUUUGGUUUACGGAUACUAGGCGUUAUCGCUCAAACUUUUUGAGUCCGCGUUGGUGGUGUUGGCAGUGGCUGGGAGAAAUCGACGCCGGUGAUGGGGUCGGGCUGCUCCCAUAGUCGAGGGCCGAGCUCGUGAAGACGGCGUCAUGCUCUAGCAUCGAUAUGGAAUGCCGCCGGCGAUGACUGGUGUUCAGCUAAAGGAUUAGAGAUACCACUAGGAAAC